GGCCCAUAUUUGUAAGCUAAAAAUUAAAAGAAGUCAUGAGAGGAAGUUGUUCACUCAGUCAGGUUAAUUUAAAAACAAGCUCCUGAGUCACUGGUAGAGUUGUUAUUUUGAGGAACUUUGACCAGUCUGCUAUAAAGUGACAUGUGAUUCUUCUGUUGUUUUGUCGUUUUUUUCCUCUGCGGUAUGGAAGAACCUGGUGUGACACCUUAUGCCACUGGAACAAAUUAGACCGAGGAAAGAUUUUAUGGAGAUAUUUGCACCCCCAAAUGCCAGGAAUCUUGAACGCUGCCUAUUGAGAGAGAUACUCAAGACGUCGUGCUUCUGUUUGAGUGUUACAGAUGGAUUCUGUAACGUCUCUGUCUCCCUCAACGGGAUCUCAGCUCAGUGUGGAUGAGAUGAACUUGCUCUCUAAACUAGAGGAACAGAACAGACUGCUUGAGAACGAUAGUAAGUCUCUGUACCCUCUAAAUGGGGUCCUGAGAAGUCCCACCUCACCCAAAACCUUCUCUUUUGAGGAUGACAUAUGGGGUGACGUCAUUAAAGAUUGGGACGACUGGUGCAAGAGAAAAGUAGGACAGAUUAAGGUGCUGACCAGGAGGGGUGUCCCGGCUCAUAGGCGCCCAGCUGUGUGGCAGCUGCUGUGUGACGUUCAGAAUGUGGCCUUAGAGCAGAAGUACUCAGAUCUGCUGAAGAGCUCAUCUCGCUCCGAGACGCUCAUACUCAGAGACCUGGCGCGCAUUCUCCCUCAACACCAGCUCUUUCACAACAAAGUUGGUACUUGCCAGAAACAACUGUUUAAUGUGCUGAAGGCUUACUCAAUCUUAGACCAAGAGAUUGGCUACUGUCAGGGGAGUGUGUUUAUUGUAGGUCUAUUGCUCACACAGAUGGCUGAAGAGGAUGCCUUCUACCUUUUUGUGAGACUAAUGAAGGACUUCAGAAUGAGGGAUCUGUAUAGAUCCGAUAUGGUUGAACUCGGCUGCUGCGUUUACCAGUUUGACACCAUGAUUAAGGAUCAACUUCCUGAGCUUCAUUCCCACUUCCAGACUCAGGGUUUUCACACCUCUGUGUUCUCCUCCUCUUGGUUUCUCAACAUCCUCCUCUCAUCUUUACCAAUCAGAACUGCGAUUAGGAUUUUUGACAUCUUUAUGUGUGAGGGUUUGGAGAUUGUGUUCCGGGUUGGUUUGGCUUUACUUCACAUGAAGCAGACAGAACUCAUCAAGCUUGACGUAGAGGGAAUGACGAACUGCUUGCAGAAUCUAGAAUCAUGGGCUUCAGAUCCUGACGGAAUCAUUGAAGUAGCAUAUCAAAUAAAAUACAAUCCCAGCAGAAUGAAACAGUUGAGACAAGAGUAUGCAUCUAUCAAGACGAAAAAGCAGCAGGAGCAGGAAGAACUAAAUGGACUUUCCUCAGAGAACAAACAUUUAAAGCAGAGGCUUGCCUUACUGGAAAAGAGGUGCUCAGAAAAACUGGUGUCACAGCUAAAGAAAGAGCUGGAGAAAACUCAGCUAAACACAGCCAGGUCACAAAGCGCUUUAAAAGAGAUGCAGGCAAACAUCUUGCAGAUGGAAGAGAAAAGCGAUGUGGCUAAUGGGGACAGUGUGAUGUAUCUGCAGACGGAGCUGAUCGGCUGUAGAUUGCAGGAAUCGGAGGCACUCACUGAACUCAAAGUGCUAAAACAGCACAUUAAAGACCUGGACGAGAAGUGGCAGAAGCAGCAGGUGCAUUGUGGAGGUCAGCAAAAGGUCACCAAUGCACAAAAUGGACUCCAGGGGGAGCUGUUAAGCACAAGACUGAAGGAAGCGCUCGCUCAAGCCGCUCUUAAAGAGAGCCGCCACAAACUGAUGAAGCUGCAGACAGAGAACACAAUUUACAGCAACCAGCUGAAACGUAUCGAAGCGCAUAUAAACAUCCAGCGAGAUCAUCUGCAGGAGUUGACGUCUCAGAACCAAGAUCUGUGCAGCCAAUUACAACAGAGCAGACGGCAGUUUUCUACUGUUCAGUGCAAGCGGGACAAAGAAGCAAACUUGGCCGUCACUGCAGUUCUUCAAAAGCAGAUCACAGAGUUACAAAUUCAACUCUCCAAACAUACUGCAUCACUUUCUCAACCCGCACUGAGGCCUUCCACGUCCGCCUUCUCCGAAGCACAGUGACACCUAAAAAUGGAGAGCUGCCCUAACGUCCAGUCGUCCUGUCUCCAGAAGCACGCCAUCCGGUGAGACACUGAGGAUAUUCUAUUAAGAGAGCUGCCCACAGCUACAGUGUCUACUAUGAAAGUACUCUUCACAGUCCCGACUGUUAAACAUGGUGCAACACUUUAAGUGUCAUUGAAAAGAGACGCACUGUGACAGUUUUGCCAUUAACGCUUGAAAGUGACACCAAGAUUUCUCAUUCUUACCAAAGAAAAAAAAAGGUUGUUAAAUAUCUUAGAUCUAACAUUCAAGUAACCGUCACACUGUAAAAUAGGUUUUAGUCAGGGUCAGCCACAAAUACCUGUACUGAAAAUCCGACUGAUUGAACAACAGUGAUUUUCAGAAAACACUCAUCUGUAUUUCACCCAGUGUUACUGGCAUCCAGGUUUUCUCUCUGCUGUUUCAAGCGCUUGUGGAAACUUCAUCAAUGUCACUAAAUGAAUCAAUAUGCAGUAAACCACACAUAUAAUGCAUUAUUAUGAAAAAUUCAGUUAAUGUUUUAAUAAUUUUCACGAUGUGUAAUAUACAUUAUAGUCAUAAUAAUAUAAGAUUAUUAAAGUUUUUAAACUGAC